CAGAUGAUGAGGCAGUAAUGAAAUUUUAGAUGUAGUGACAGACAGACAGACUGCAUGCUUGUACCGUAGUAGCAGCGUGAUUCAUAAGAAACAUAUACUGUGCGGAGAGUGUGAUUGCCAACUGGUGCUAGCUCUCUGUGUGAAGACUUCAAGUGCUGUGUUUUUUACAUUUCCGCAUGUAGUGUGGUUUGACCUACAGGUUGCCUUGGUUGACAUUCCCCCACCACAGGAAGACCGUAGCUCUAUGGGAAGACAGAGGCUUGUAUUCAUGAGCACUGCAUGACGUGUACAGUGUGACUGUGUGGACUGUGUGUGGUUUUAAUCGCAGCUAAAACUCUCUGUGUCAUCGGAUCACUGCAUAAUAUAAUCACUGCUGGAUAGGGAACCUCACCAGUACACAUGUGUAGAUCACUGUUCACUUCAAGCAAUAGUCUGGCGUAGGGAAAUGAUCUCAUCACUCCAAACACUUCUGACUUCAAAUGGGAACAUGAUAUAAUUUAGUAUAUGCGUUUUGGAUACUAUUUUACUGAUCGUUGUUCCUGUGUAUUUUUUUCCUUCUCUUCUUCACCCAUAUUGGAAUACGUUUGACUGGUUGCGUUCUGAUGCUGUUUUUCUCUGGACUUCAUCAACUACAACAUGCCGGCACUAAAUACAUUGACAGCCAAUAAACCAAAAGACAUGGAGGGGUAUGUAGGUUUUGCUAAUCUUCCUAAUCAAGUUUACAGGAGAUCCGUCAAGAGGGGAUUUGAUUUCACACUCAUGGUAGUUGGAGAAUCAGGACUUGGUAAGAGCACACUGAUCAACUCCCUCUUCCUGACAGAUAUCUACUCCUCAGAAUAUCCUGGUCCAUCACAGAGGAUGAAGAAAACAGUCCAAGUUGAAACCUCUCAAGUUGCUGCUAAGGAAAACGGUGUACAACUGAGGCUCACCAUUGUUGACACACCAGGCUUUGGGGACCAAGUAGACAACAGUAACUGUUGGCAGCCAAUCCUAGACCACAUAGACAACAAGUUUGAAGAAUACCUAAAUGCAGAGGCCAGAGUCAACAGAAGAUCUAUACCAGACAAGAGAGUACACUGCUGCUUAUACUUCAUUGCACCAUCAGGACAUGGAUUAAAGCCGUUAGACGUUGAAUUCAUGAAGAGGUUACAUGACAAGGUUAAUAUCAUCCCCCUUAUUGCCAAGGCAGACACGAUGACACCGGAGGAGUGCAGAGAUUUCAAGAAAAGGAUUAUGAAAGAAAUUGACGAGAACAAGAUCAAGAUUUACGAAUUCCCAGACGUAGAGGAGGAAGAAGAAAGCAAAGAAAACAAAAAGCUGCCCAUGAGGAGGAACGGACCUAAAGAUAAAGAGCACACCCCAAACAGUUUGAAGCAUCUACGACAAAGGGAACGGGUGCCAUUUGCAGUUGUAGGUAGCAACAUGAUCUUGGAAGCGAAUGGAAAGAGGGUCAGGGGUCGCCAAUAUCCAUGGGGAGUUGCUGAAGUUGAAAACUUAGAGCAUUGUGACUUCAUCCCGCUGCGUAACAUGCUGAUUCGGACACACAUGCAAGACCUGAAAGACGUAACGAACAACGUGCACUACGAGAACUACAGGUGUCGUAAACUCACAGCAGUCACGGCGGGCGACAGCAAGAAAGCGUCAAAUGAAAUGGCUGGUGACCAGAGGGUUGCCUCUAAGAAUCCGCUGGCCCAGUUUGAAGACGAGAAGAACGAACACGAGAUGAAGAUGAAGAAGAUGGAGAACGAGAUGGAACAGGUCUUUGAGAUGAAGGUCAAAGAGAAGAAGAAGAAACUGGAAGAGUCCGAAAAGGAGCUUCAUCAUCGGUUGGAACAAAUGAAGAAGAGUCUGGAACAACAGCGUAGGGAUCUAGAAGACAAGAGGCGUCAGUUUGAGAAAGAUAAACAGAUAUUUGACGACAAUCAACGCCUGCGACUGGAGACUUCCAAAACAUUAGAUUCGAAAAAGAGCAAAACUAAAAAGACCAUAUUUUGAGACAGCUGUGUUUUGUUAAUAAGUGUGCACACGGAAUGGACUGCCAUCAAGGAAGGACCACAGCACAUUACCUCCAUGUGUAUCUAAAAAACAGAAACCCAAAAACACCCACCCUCAGCAUUACCCUUGAUGGGUUCAUUCAUGGAGUACCCACUCCCCCUGCCCUCAUCAUUUCUGGGUGUGUCUCUCCCCCUCUCUUCGAGUACUCCACCCUGACUCUCAUCCCUGGACCAAAGCGUAACUGAGACAUGACUGCCUAACUUCGUCUUGUCGUGGCACUCGGAAACUUUCAUGUUGAGGAGCUCUGCUGGAAGUUUCGGACUGGAUCCCUGUUGCUACUGCGGAAAGCCUCCGAUAUUAUUGUACAUAGCAUUUUGAUUCACGCGUGUGGUCCAACGGAUGGAUUUACCCAAGUUAUCAUACAGUAUACUCAGACAGUGUUGUAGCUAGACUAAUAUUAGUGGUGGGCUCUAAAUCUAAUUUAGUCCACCAAGGGUGUGAGGUUCACCAAACUUAUUCACGUUUAAGAUACACACGUGUAAGGGUCACCAUUGCUAAAGUGCAAUCUGCUGGAUAUUUUGUUCUGAGAAAUGGGCGAAUUUGGUUAGUUCUGUGCAGGCCCGCCGGGCACCGCCCUUCUUCUUCAGUGCUGCUUCAGAAAAUUUGAAGAUUACCGCACUGUGGAUUACCGCACUGUAUCGCCCAGCGGGCUACAACACUGUACUCAUAACAAGAUUUAACAAUGAUGGAAUUCAGUAAUUUGAUAAUUUGAAGGUUUGAAGGAAAAAAAA